AACACAUGAAGCCGGGUCUCCUGAUCCUACAUGUGCAAGAACCAAGAAUUGAAUAGGUCGAAACCUACCAGAUCCACUACAAAUGUAUAUCAGCCGCGGCUGAAGGUUUCAGAAAGAGUAACGCAACGCAGAGGAGGACACAGGGUCGCCAAGCCCAGCAAACAAGGGCAUCGCAGGGCGGCUGAGAGUUGCCGGCCGGCUAUGGCUUCCCUUCUUCUCCUCGCCGCCUUGGCCUUACUCUUCGUCAUGGCAUCUGGGCAGGGCGCCAAGACCGUGCUGCCGUUUGCGCCUUCCUGCUCGACAAGUGGCAACUACACCGACGGCAGCAAAUACAAGAAGAACCUGGACCAGCUCCUGGCCAGUCUCCCCACGGCGGCCGGCGACAACGGGUGGUUCUACAACGGCACCGUCGGGACGGGGGCCGACAAGGUGUUCGGCCUCAUCAUGUGCUACGCCGACCGCAACGAGACGCAGUGCCUCGAGUGCCUCGCCGGCGCGCCCGCCGGGAUCACCGCGCUAUGCCCGGGCAGCCGGAACGUGAGCGCGGCGUACGACGCGUGCGUGCUCCGCUACUCCGACACCGACUUCUUCUCUGUGGCCGGCCGCGACGAGGCGUUCUACGUCACCUGGCCCAGCACCGUCGACCAGGCGAGGCUCGAGGUCGCGCGCUCCAGCCUGAUGAACCGGCUCGCCAGGACGGCCGCCGGCUCGCCGCCGCUGUUCGUGGCGAACGAGAGCGCGCCGCUCGCCGGCUCGUCGGACUCGGUGUACGGGCUCGCGCAGUGCACGCGGGACCUGACGGCCAGCGAAUGCAGCUGGUGUCUCACCACGUAUGUCGGUCUGCUGCCGGGGAGGUUCCCGAACAGCACCGGCGGCGCGAUCAAGGGGUACAGCUGCUACGUCAGGUACAGUGUCGGCGCCUUCGACAUCACCCUGCCGCCGCGCCGGCCGGCGCCACCUGUUGGAUAA